UUAUUUGAAGCUAUCUUUUGACACGGUUCAACAAUUAAUGAAUGUGAAGAGUGACCUAUUGCAUGUCGUUCAAAGAAACCAGGAAAAAUUUGAUGCUGCAGAAGCAUAUGAGUCCAUUAUAGCAGGGAAAAGAGAACAAAGGCCUCAAGAUUUUGUAGACUGUAUUGUUGAUCUCCGCGAGUAUGAUGUUCCUUAUCAUGUUCGAUUUGCCAUUGAUAAUGAUGUACGAUGUGGGCAAUGGUAUGACGUUAGUGUAUCCAGUACUGGUCUUAUGCUGGAAAAGAGGACAGAUCUUUUGCAACGUGCUGAAGUGCAUGUUUGUGCAUUUGAUAUUGAGACUACAAAGCUUCCUUUGAAAUUUCCUGAUGCUGAAUACGAUUUAAUAAUGAUGAUUUCGUACAUGGUUGAUGGACAAGGGUACCUGAUUAUUAACAGAGAGCUUUCCUGAUAAGAAAAGAGUUGGGGGAGAUAACGUGGAUAGUUCCUUUGAAGCCUCAGACCGAAUAAAGAUGGAUAUGGGGCACUUAGAGGACCAUAUCAAAACCAAUAAGAAGCAAUCCCCUAAGGCUGAAGUUCAAAAUUCUUUAAAGCAAGAGAUUCUACAACUUGAGAAGAGAUUACAAGACCAAUUUGAGGUCCGCCGGGCUUUGGAAAAUGCAAUGGGAUAUA